GAUAAACGCCGAUACCCAAAGUAAUUUGUGAAUUCUAAUACUAUAUAUAGAGUCGGAAGUGGGUGAUACCAAAAAUUUAUCAUACUAAUCAUCAUUAUUUGUUAAGAUGUGUGGAAUACUUGCAGUUCUUGGUUGUUCUGAUGAUUCUCAGGCUAAGAGAAGCCAUGUUCUUGAGCUUUCUCGCAGAUUGAAGCACCGUGGUCCUGAUUGGAGUGGGAUUUAUCAACAUGGAGAUUGCUAUUUGUCUCACCAACGUCUUGCUAUUGUUGACCCUGAUUCUGGUGAUCAACCUCUUUACAAUGAGAACAAAACUAUUGUUGUAACUGUUAAUGGUGAAAUUUACAAUCAUGAGGAACUAAGAAAGCGUCUUUCAAAUCACAAGUUCCGGACUGGGAGUGAUUGUGAUGUUAUUGCACAUUUGUACGAGGAACAUGGAGAAAACUUCAUUGACAUGCUGGAUGGAGUGUUCUCCUUCGUAUUGUUGGACACACGAGACAACAGUUUCAUUGCAGCUCGUGAUGCAAUUGGCAUUACCCCCCUUUACAUUGGUUGGGGCCUUGAUGGUUCGGUCUGGAUCUCUUCAGAGCUGAAAGGCUUGCAUGACGAUUGUGAGCACUUUGAAUGGUUCCCUCCUGGUCAUUUGUACUCGAGCAAAUCUAGUAGUUUUCGCCGUUGGUACAACCCUCCUUGGUUCUGUGAGGCUAUUCCUUCGAUCCCAUAUGAUCCUUUAAUCCUAAGACGAGCCUUUGAAAAUGCUGUUCUUAAGAGGCUAAUGACUGACGUUCCCUUUGGAGUUCUUUUAUCUGGAGGCCUGGAUUCAUCAUUGGUUGCGUCAAUUACUUCGCGUCACUUGGCUGGCACGAAGAUUGCUAGACAAUGGGGUUCACAACUUCACUCCUUUUGUGUUGGUCUCGCAGGAUCACCUGAUUUGGUGGCUGCUCGAGAAGUGGCUGAAGUUUUGGGUACCGUCCAUCAUGAAUACCAUUUCUCUGUUCAGGAUGGUAUUGAUGCCAUUGAGGAUGUUAUAUAUCAUAUUGAGACUUAUGAUGUUACAACUGUUAGAGCCAGCACACCUAUGUUCCUCAUGUCACGUAAGAUCAAGUCACUUGGAGUUAAAAUGGUAAUUUCUGGAGAAGGGUCUGAUGAAAUUUUUGGUGGGUAUCUCUACUUCCAUAAGGCACCUAACAAAGAAGAGUUUCACCAGGAAACAUGCCGCAAGAUUAAAGCUCUUCACCUAUACGACUGCCUAAGAGCCAACAAGGCAACCUCUGCUUGGGGUCUAGAGGCUCGGGUUCCCUUCCUUGACAAAGAGUUCAUAAAUGUUGUGAUGUCGAUUGAUCCUGAGUGGAAAAUGAUUAAACCCGAAGAAGGACGCAUGGAGAAAUGGAUUCUUAGGAAAGCUUUUGAUGACGAGAAGCAGCCUUACUUGCCAAAACACAUUUUGUACAGGCAAAAGAAGCAAUUCAGUGAUGGUGUUGGAUAUAGCUGGAUUGACGGACUUAAAGCACAUGUUGAACAACAUGUGACUGAUAAGAUGAUGCAUAAUGCUGAACAUAUUUUCACGCACAACACACCAACUACAAAAGAAGCCUACUACUAUAGGAUGAUCUUUGAUAAGUUUUUCCCACAGAGCUCUGCUAUGCUAACUGUUCCUGGAGGCCCUAGUGUGGCAUGUAGCACAGCCAAGGCCGUUGAAUGGGACCAAGCUUGGUCUAGGAAUCUGGAUCCGUCUGGUAGGGCUGCUCUUGGCAUCCACGACUCGGCUUAUGAGCGACAACCUAUUGGAGCAAAAAACACUAUUUCAACUAAGAUUGUCGAUGACAUACCUCAAAUGACUGGAGUUCCUGCAUCGGCACUUGCCAUGAAUAGUUGAUUAACUGAUGAUUUAACUACAUUAUUAAUGCCAUCGACUGAUAUGAAUAUGGAACAAUCUUCUACUUUCAUAUUGCUUUAUGCAUUAAAUUGCAUAUUGUAGCGGUUAUUCCGUCUUUAGACAUAUUUCACGUUUCUACAAAGUAGAGACAUGUUAAGAUGGGUGAUUGUUCAUGAUAAUAAGAGUUGCAUAAUAUCUUUACUUA